AUGGCAGAUGAGGAAGCUACUCCGGGUAGGACUCUUCAGGACUAUUUGAAUCUGGAACGGGUCACUCAACUGUCACCGAUAGUUUUUCCACGGCCCACCACUGUUGCAAACACAUUCGUGUUCAAAUCAGACUAUCAUCGUUGCAUUCCUUUCUUCCAUGGUAUGGAGCGCGAAGAUCCGUACCAACAUAUCCGGGAAUUUGAAGAAACCCUCCAAUCUUUUGUUACUGUGGAUGCGCAUCUCAACCAAGCAAGAUUGAGGCUUUUCCCAUUCACUUUGAAGGACAAGGCAAAGACUUGGUUUCAUUCAUUGAAGCCUCAAUCCUUGACUACAUGGGAGGAAGUUCAAGACAUUUUUCACAAGAAGUUCUUUCCGGCCAGCCGAACCAAGCUCUUGAUGGAUCAGAUUCAAACCUUUAAACAACGAGACAGAGAAGCUUUCCACCAAUAUUGGGAGCAUUAUAAGGAUUUGCUUGCAGCAGUACCCCACCACAACUUUGCUUUGUAUCAGUUAAUUCACUAUUUCCAUAUGGGCUGCUCACAACAAAGCAAGCAAUUGCUCGACACUAUGUGCUUCGGGGGUUUUAUGAAUAAGUCUCCUGACGAAGGCUGGGAUUACUUGGAUGAGUUGGCUAAGAAGUCUUUAACUUGGAGUUUCGAGGAUGUCGGGGACAGAGCUAUGGCUAGUCAAGGCCCUGAAGGUUCCAGGAAAUUUUCUAUCAAUGAGCACCAAGCAAAUGAAACACGGAUGGAACAAUUGGCGCAAAAGUUGGAGAAGUUAGAAUUAAAAGGAGUGAAGGAAGUCAAAGCGGUGAGCGCAAUAGAGGAACUUUGUGCUAUUUGCGAAACGAUGUUUCAACCCCCGCCAAGGCGAUCUUUGGAAGAUCCUCUCCAAUCCUUCAUGCAAGCUCAAUCGAAUUACAACGAGAAUAACACCCAAAUGAUGGGAGAGCUGAAGAACCAAAUGGGGAAGAUAACCACAUCUAUCGGGCUUCUCCAGCAAGAAAGGGGCAAGUUUCCUACUCAGCCACAAGCCAACCCACAAGGCCAACUCCUUAUUGGUAGCUCUUCGGUACCCCCGCCCGAGCAAGCUCAAGCAAUAAUUACUCUAAGGAGUGGCAAGUCAGUCGACAAUCUUGUGAUCAACCUGCCGAUUCCUCCUAUUCUAGUGCCAUCAUCUACAUCGACAAGUUCUACCGCAACGGAGGAAUAUAUCGAGCAAGCUUUGGAGGAAGAUGGGGAAUCUCCCGUGCAAGGUUCAAAGGAAGCUGAAGCUGAGAUCACUCAGCCACAAGUCUCCCCCAUUCCGGCACCCUAUCCUUCCCAAUUGAAAAAGCCAUUUCCUCCAUCCAAGGAUGCCGAUAUACUUGACGUGUUCAAAAAGGUCAAUGUGAACAUCCCUUUAAUGGAUGCCAUUAAGCAAAUUCCUUCAUAUGCCAAGUUUUUGAAGGACUUAUGCACCCAAAAGCGCAAGCUUAAUGUGCACAAGAAAGUGCUUCUUACCGAGCAAGUUAGCCAAAUUUUCCAAACGAAUCUUGCACCUAAAUACAAAGACCCCGGAUGUCCUACAAUUGCAAUUACUAUUGGGGGUAAGAGAGUAGAGCAAGCUCCCUUGGAUUUGGGGGCAAGUGUGAAUUUGCUACCGUACUCGGUGUACCAAGAGCUCGGUUUGGGGGAGAUGAAGCCUACGCUAGUUACUCUUCAAUUGGCGGAUAGGAGUGUCCGAAUCCCUCGUGGCAUGGUGGAAGAUGUAUUGGUCCAAGUUGAUCAAUUUGUAUAUCCCGUAGACUUUGUUGUCUUGGAUACUUGUCCGUCGUCUUCAUCACCAUUGUCUACUCCCGUUAUCCUUAGGCGGCCGUUUUUAGCAACCUCGGAUGCCGUAAUCAACUGUCGGAAUGGACUAUUGAACAUGUCUUUUGGUAACAUGAAGAUGGAGGUUAAUAUGUUCAACGUUGGAGUUCAAAUGGGUGACGAUGACGAUUGCCAAAGUGUCCAUCUUGUGGAUACCUUGAUUCAAGAUCAUGUAGAUGAAUUCUUGUAUACGGACCCUUUGGAGGUAGCUCUUACCUCUGAAGAGGCCGCCUUUCUUGAAUCCAAGGAGAUGGAGUCUCUCUUUUCCUUGCUCAAUGGAGAAGAGGGCGUUGAGGGAAUUUGCGGAGUUGCACCGUGGCUUCCAAAGUUUGAAGAGUUGCCUCAUCUUGAGCGAAAAACAUUACUUUCUAGCGUUGAGCCGCAUACUAUUGAGUUGAAAGCACUACCGGACACUUUGAAAUUUGCGUUCCUUGGCGAGAGCAAUACAUUUCCGGUGGUCAUAUCGUCUUCCCUUGAGGAACUCCAAGAAGAGAAAUUGUUGGUAGUUUUGCGGAGGCAUACAAAGGCAAUAGGAUGGACUAUCGCGGAUAUUCACGACAUCUCUCAUUCUCUAUGCUCUCAUCACAUUUAUUUGGAGGAGGAUGUUAAACCAUAG